AUGAUACAGAUACUGUUAUUAGUUAUGUGUCUGGUGGCAACUAUUACUGGCCACAGAGAUCAUGGUAUGCAGAGUGUGUUGAAAGAAGAUUUGGAAUUGGAGAGGCAACUAAACAUCCUUAACAAGCCUCCUAUAAAGAGUAUUCAUACAAAGUCAGGAUAUAUAGUUGAUUGUGUUGAUAUUAACAAACAACCAGCUUUUGAUCAUCCUUUAUUAAAAAAUCACAAAUUACAGAGAAAACCAAUUUUUGAAAGAAACAUCAGUGAAAUUAGAGUUCAAAAUUUACCCAUCAAACCGAUAUCCAUAUUUGAGAAAGUUAGAUGUCCGGAAAGAACCGUUCCUAUUCGGAGAACAACAAAAAAUGAUUUAAUUAAAAAAAAAUCUUUAUUCAAUGCUUAUAAUCUAUCUCAAAAUGGAUCCAUUAAUCAUUUCGCUCGUUUGUAUCUUUCAAUAAGGGGUUCUCCUUAUUAUGGAGUUAGUGGAAUUACUAGUGUUUGGAAUCCAAAUAUUUAUAAAGGUCAAUCAAGUGCAGGUCAUUUAUAUUUUAAAAGAGGAAAAGGAGAUGAUAUUGAUAAAAUUUCGGUCGGAUGGCAUGUGUUUCCGGAAUUAUAUAAUGAUAAUCAAACACAUUUAUACUUAUUUUGGACGUCAGGUAAAAAUGGAUGCUUUAAUAUGUUAUGUAAGGGUUUCAUUCAAGUUGACAGAUCAUACAUUUUUGGUGCACGUGUAUCUAAAACAUCUACUUAUGGCGGAGAGAUAAUGGAAGUGGCACUUCAAAUUUCAAAGGAUAAUGUAGGCAAUUGGUGGUUAAAAGUGCUAAAUAAGAAUAUUGGAUACUUUCCUGCAGCUUUAUUCUCCUCAUUGAAAGGAGCUGAUCAAGUGGGAUUUGGUGGUUAUACUGUGACUCCUGCGGGUACUGAUAGCCCUACAAUGGGCUCCGGACACAAACCUGAUGGUGACUUCACUCAUGCAUCUUAUUUUAGGUUUGUAAAACAUUUGAAUAUAGUUCAAGAACCUGAUGAUCCUCUACCAUUUAUGGUAGAAAUAGACAAUGAUGCUCCUAAUUGCUAUGGAGUUACGAACUAUGAAGGCAAAAAAAGACAUAUGGGAUAUUCUCUUCAAUUUGGAGGAUCGGGUGGUAAAUGUUAA